AUGUCCACAGAUAUUCCGGCUUCAGCAGUCCCAACCACCGCCGAUGCAGUAACCAACGAGACUUCUCCCGGUGGUGAGGACGGAGUUGCCGGCAACAAGAACCUUGUUAUCAUAUUGAGCACGGUGCUCUCGGCGGUGGCUGUGAUUUUGAUUGCGGGAGGGCUGUAUUUGUGUUGGAGAUAUCGGCAACGACGACGACUGUUCUUUUCAAGAGGCAUUACACCUAUCGAUGACGAUGAAAUUGCGACUUGGAAAGUGCCCAGGGACGAGAAGAAUGGCUACCCAGCAGGAGACACCGAUGUUGAAGGCGAUGCUGCCUUCAACAAGGAAACAGGGGGACCAUCUCACGGAAGACAGGUUUCGACGACCUCGAUCAAGAAGCCACCCAGUGUCAUCGUGUACAACAACGUCCAGGGCUAUCGUCAAUCAAUCGAUGAGCCUACACCACGGCGCUCUUUUACUCAGCACCCGGUUUACGGCAAGAUGAGCUUGGAUAAGGGCCUUCCCCAAACACCAAUUCAGGCCAGGGCACCCAACGCCAGGGCUGGCCUCACAGACGAAUCCGUUCCAGGCGACGACCCAUUUAUACCGAGCCCGAAACGGCAGACAUCUCGCUUAUCCAAGAUUCCACCCAGCUCGGCAUCUCACCGUCGGCAUCACGGGAGGACAAGGAGUUCUCGGAGCAGUACCCGCAGUUUCGGAGAUUAUCGGUACGGGGGGUCAGAUGUCGAACUAUCUCCACGCCACUCGCAUGAUCAGUUUCGCUCCCGCCACCAUCACUACAACCGCAAUCACUCGCGAGUUUAUUCAUCAUCGUCUAUUCCACCCAGGCUCUCCCUGGGCGACGAGGCUCACUAUAACGGAGGCUCUCCCGGCCGGCCGCUGUUCAAGGAGGACGAGAUUGGCCGAGCAAUUGGAUAA